AUGUCUGCCACUAUAAACUUAGUCUACGAGGCCACACCGUCGAUUAUUACCUCGCAUGGUACUUCUCCUAACGCUUGGGAGGAUUUCAUCGAUAGUGCCGUCGUUAUGUCACGGAAUUCUAAUAGUAAAGCGCUUAUAUCACAGGCAAGUUACAAUAUUAUUCCCUUAAUGAAAAAGAUGCGUUAUGUAUUAUGGCCAUUUGUAUUUGGAGUGAAUCUGUACGACUUUCUUGGUCUAUGUCAUCUUGUUCCCACGCACACUUUGCAUCUAUCACGUCCUUUUCUGAUGAGCACAUCAACGUUUCAAGUUUUUCAAAAAACUCAAACGGGCCGUUGACUUGUCUAUGAUCUCAAACGGAAACAAAACCUCCUGCUGAUGGAUAUGUUACCGGCCAAACCCGAUCUUAGGACAAACUAGUUUUGCCUAGGCUAAACUAGAUCAGGGCCCACAGUAUUUUUGCGCGGAACACCUUUCCUAGUAGGCGGGCUUCGGCUGCACUUAAAAAAAAUAUCCCUUAUCAGUAUAACACCAGCUACGCAUUCCACAAUAUUGUUGCGUCCAACUUGUUUCCGCAUUGGACGGAUAUAUUGGAUCUAGGUAGAACUAGUUUAGCCUAGGAAAAACUAGUUUGUCCUAAGAUCGAGUUUGGCCGGUAACAGAUAUAAACAAAUGUUAAUGCUGUUUUUAA